CGCGCCGCCUGCGCGGGGCCGCUGGCUGCACACACCCUGGGAGACUGGGGCGGAGGAACGGGCAGAGUCCGCUCCCGGCGCCCGGGACGACGAGGAGUCGGACCUUCGCUGCCGUCGCCGCCGCCCGCGCCCGGCCGGAUCAAAGGGAGUUCUUUUGAAUAAUGACAUGGUGAGAUUUGCAUUUGAGAAAUCACUGCCUGAAGAUUGAUUUAUGGGGCAAGACCAAAGGCAAGGAGACACGUCAGGAGAUAGUCUGGUAAUCCAGAUGAGAGGAAUAAGGCCUUAGCUCAAUGGCUACUAGCAGAAGAUGGUGGAUCGCUUGGCAAACAGCGAAGCAAAUACUAGACGUAUAAAUAUAGUAGAAAACUGUUUUGGAGCAGCUGGUCAACCCUUAACUAUACCAGGAAGGGUUCUUAUUGGAGAAGGAGUAUUGACUAAGUUGUGCAGAAAAAAGCCCAAAGCAAGGCAGUUUUUCUUAUUUAAUGAUAUUCUUGUAUAUGGCAAUAUUGUCAUCCAGAAGAAAAAAUAUAACAAACAACAUAUUAUUCCCCUGGAAAAUGUCACUAUUGAUUCCAUCAAAGAUGAGGGAGACUUAAGGAAUGGAUGGCUUAUCAAGACACCAACUAAGUCAUUUGCAGUUUAUGCUGCCACUGCCACUGAGAAAUCAGAAUGGAUGAAUCACAUAAAUAAAUGUGUUACUGACUUACUCUCCAAAAGUGGGAAGACACCCAGUAAUGAACAUGCUGCUGUCUGGGUUCCUGACUCUGAGGCAACUGUAUGUAUGCGUUGUCAGAAAGCAAAAUUCACACCUGUUAAUCGUCGUCACCAUUGCCGCAAAUGUGGUUUUGUUGUCUGUGGGCCCUGCUCUGAAAAGAGAUUUCUUCUUCCAAGCCAGUCCUCUAAGCCUGUGCGGAUUUGUGACUUCUGCUAUGACCUGCUUUCCACCGGGGACAUGGCCACGUGCCAGCCUACUAGAUCAGACUCUUACAGUCAAUCAUUGAAGUCUCCUUUAAAUGAUGUAUCUGAUGAUGAUGAUGAUGAUGAUAGUAGUGACUAAGGACAUAUUUUGAAAUAUUUAAUUGGGUGUGACUACCUGAGAAAUCAGCUCUGGGGGAACAUAGAAUUCUGAGCUUUCUCUCAGUUUUGCUCUAGCCGUGAAUUUGCCUGAGAAUCUUUUAACCUAUGUGCCUCGAUAUAUUCUAUAGACAAUAGGUCCUGUCAUUUUGUCCCCCCACCCCCACCCAACUCCCCGCUCUUCUACAGGGAUAGACUUUUGCAAAUCUACCAGAUAAAUUUUUGGUUUCUUACUCUUGUUUAAUUUUAGAUUAUUUUGUUGGAAGGUUGAGAAAAGAUUUUUUUUUAACAGAUCAUGUAUUACAUUGAUGUUUACUAUAUGUUCUGUUAUAUGGAAAUACUAAAAGCAAAAAAUGAUGGAAAAAGUUGUAUAACGCAGUUAGCUAAUAUUAUUAGCUUUUUUCCUAACCAUUCUAUGUAAUGGUUAAGACACCAGUAACAAAAAAACGUGAUUUGAAAAUACUUUGUUCGGCUUUUUCAUAUACCAAGUGGUGCCUUAUCAUAAUAGCACUGUUACAUGAAAUAAGCCCCUACCUUCUCACUUUUAGUUUGUUUUGAAAAUACACUGGUGCUCUUUGAGGUGAUAAAAUGAGCAUUUAUGAAUGGGUAUACUUAGAAAAUACUUCUCAUCUGCAAGCUACAAAUAACUAAAUUUAGAGCUUCUUCAUUUUAUAUGAAUAUUUUUCCAUAAAAUAGUUGUGAUUAUAUUUUUAUGUUUUAUAGGUACCAAAUUGUCAAAUAUAUAUUUUAAAUUAAUAGGUUGUCAUUCUUAGGGAUUUGAUUUGAAAUUUAUCAAAUACAGAAUUGUCACACUGCAUUAGUUUCUACUUUUAGUAAGUAGAAGUAAGUAAGAAGUAGGUAUAAAUUCAUCUGCUUUAACAUUAUUUCUAGAAUGAAAAAUCUUACAAAACUUUUGAAAUUAAACAAUCUCUUUAAAAAAAAAAAAAAUCCCACGAUAGAGCAUAGAUCUACUUGGGCUGAAGACUUGGAAGAAAUAAUGUGUAAGAAUGAUGAAGACGGACCAGUUAAGUUUGACUAGACUUAUAUUGGUGGAAGUAUUGUCUAUUUCAGUGUGAAACUAUCUUGAAUUUGCAAAUAUAGUGUUAUAUUUUAUAAAGUUUUGUAAAGUCCCAAAUGAUACUUCUAUUUUUGUAAAACAAUUAUAUGUUAAUCUGUUUCUGAAAUCAUUUUGCAAUCUAUAGAAAUAGAGUAGCAAUUGAUCUUUCUAAAUUGUAAACUUUAUUGAGUCAGCCUAGAUUGCUUUUGAGAAUUAGUAAUUUUUCACUUUUUGCUUUUGAGGCAGCCAUUUAGGUUGAAAGUAUAUUUAUCAUAUAAAACUUGAUGCAUUUUGCACUAUUCUCUCCAUUUGUAUGCUGCAAAUAACUACAGUCUUUCAAAUAUGAAAAAAUCAGCCUAAAGUUUAUUUUAAAUUCCAAACUUCUGUGUUUUUAAAUAUUUAAAUCUGGAUAUAUUGCAGAUGUCAUGACUGUUUGAUUCAGUAAUAUGACAGAGAAUUUUUGGGUUUGGUUAAGGCACUAACUUUACUGUUAGAUUGUGAAAGCAUCUGAGAUACAUAGACUUCCCUGUAGGAAAUGUGAAACAAAGCCACAACAGGUUUUUUUGUUUGUUUUAAUAUCAUAUGGACAUUUGUUUCCAAGCAAUAUAUACAGUAUAAUUGCAGUAUAAUUAAUCAACAUAUCUCAAAAAGACCAUGAAGCCUGAGAAGUGCUAAUGGAGACUUUCUGGUACAUAGCAACCCAGCAAAUUCAAGAACCAAGGGGAAAUCUGGGAUGACAUUUGCAUUGUCAACCUCUGUUGACUGUUCUUACAAUAAAAAAUAUUUUACAACUUAA